CGCAGAAUGCACACAUACAAGUUCGACGUUACUUACAACUUCUAACCUCGCACUAUCAACUUGUUGUCCCUAUUAUCAGAUUGUCUUAAUCGCACGCUCGCGUUAUUUAUGAUUGUUGUCAAUUGACUUCCUUAUUAAAUGUAAGUGCAUUCUCUGUACAUAAUGAGUCGUCAGCUCAAUUUUUUCCUGUUAUUUUCUCGGUGAGACUAUAACUUAUAGACGAACCAAUCAUAUUUAAAGUAACAGAAGUUGGAUUUUGGCGCGAAACUCACUUAUUCAUUUAGCUAGAUAGCAUUUUAGCAUUCUAGCUGGUGUUUAUAACACUCCUCCAACACAAGAAACCUUCAGGCUAAACCUUGUUGACCCUUUUGGUUUUCAUAGUGAAAUGACAUCUUUAAGUGAUAUAUUGUUACCGUGGAAUCACACAGAGCAACCGAACGACUUGUUUUUAACUUUCCGGAACUCUGACGACUGUAUUGUUCAUGUACCUAUCGCAACAUCGAAUGUUAAUAGCUUGAGGAGCAGCUCAGAUUCAGUUAUUUUGUCUGAACUGAAUAAACAAAUGGAUGCAAGACUUGUGAGCAAAGCUCAGGAAUAUGGCCCUUUAUUGCUUCCGGGGUCAAUAUUUUAUGUAGGCAGUAAUCCUCGUCCUCGUAGGAAAGUCAAUUUGUAUCAUGAAUCCUAUGAAAUUAGUUAUGGUCAAAGAGGAAAUUAUGGAGAAAAUCUCCACACAACUGAAAAUACUAUCAUUUCAAAUGGUGGGUUUAAUGACUUAGUUGAAUUAGAAAAACUCUCUUCUACAUUUACUGAUAGGAGGAUUGGAAUGAAUCUUUCGCAAACUGAUGUUGCAAAUUCACUUGGAAAACUUUACGGAGUACAUCGUAGUGUAUCCAUGAUUUCACGCUUCGAAAGAAUGGAUCUUAGUUUAAGCAAUUACUUGAAAGUUUAUCCGAUUAUUCUAAGAUGGUUGAAGGAUAGUGAAACUGCUGAUGGUCGCGAUAAAAUUAUUCGAGCUGUUGUUGAUUUUCAGAAUAAUAAUAAUGAUACGAAAUCACCAGUCAAAGAAAGUCCUCAGGCUGAAAGUCCCGUUUUUUCGAAAUUCCCAAAACGACGACCGAGAACAAUACUACCUGAUUCUACAAGAAGGGAGUUGGAGCGAAUCUAUAGACAAAAUAAAAAACUAUCUGCACAUGAAUUGAUAGAAUUGGCUAAAGAAUUAAAUGUUGACAAAAAAAUUAUAAAAGUAUGGUUCUACAAUCGUCAUACACGUAGUAUUAUUGAUCGAAAAAGAAGAUUGAAACGAGCCAAAAGGAAAUGUUAACAUCAAAAACAGAAGACCCAAUGUGUUGUACAGAACAUUUUUGUGAUAAUUAAAAAAAGAUAAAUCUUUUUCACUCCUAUGAUAAUCUCUAGUUUUCCAAUGACUAUGC